AUGGACUGCGGCACCGCCGGCACCGCUGCGGGUAUCGACCCCAAAAUUCUCGACAAUUGGCAAACGGACGGCUUUGCUUCCUGGGAAAGAUACGACCAGCCGCCCGAGUGGGACACCAGCCAGGAGUCCAGCCAGUGCGAUGCCGAUAUCGCCGAUCUAGGGUCCUUCCAGGGCCCCCUAACGAGGUCGCUGCUGGAUCAGUCCAGCGAGUUUCAUAAUAGUGGUAUCGCGCCUGAUAACUUCAACUACACCGACGGUACCAUCGAGGGCACCGGUAGCGGCACCAUCAGUCCCAGGACGAUCCCCUCCUCAACCGAUGACAACUUCCAUCCUGAUGAGUCGUGGCCGCAAUUCCAGCUCAUCAACUCUGUUGCGGGGCUGGGGAUGCCCGAAACGCCUCUCCUCUACCCCUACGGCAAAGGACAGAACCCUUCUACGGGUGCGGUUAUCAUCGACGAUGCGGGCGAGAUGCCGCACGGUCAUGGAUUCUCAAAUGCCUCGGCGGAGGCCAUGAUGUCGUUCCAUCAGAUCCCGGCGUCCUUUCCGCUGGUGCCGGAGCCUUGGGCGGACCUCACACCGGACAUGUCUAUGAACAAUGUAGAUCCGGCGCAAGGCUCCAUUCCGCUCUCAAUGGAGUCACAGCAGCCCAAAGGUUCUUCCUUGCGCGAGUUUGAAACCGCUUCCCGGUCUCUCGAGUUACGCUGGCUCGAUGGACUGGAGUCCCAGCUCCAGAUGACAGCUGGCUCGCUCCAAACGAACGCUUCGGCGUACCAGAAGAAUGACCAAACAGAUCAUGUUCAAUACAAGUCCGAGAACUCCUCCGUGUCUGGCGAUCUGUCUGGACUGUACGAAUGCUCCUAUUCUUCGACCAGUGACGACCCUCCUGCCUUUGCAGAACACCAGUUGGAUGAGGACGAGUGGAAAGUCAUCACUCCAGACGCUAGUUCCCCCGAGGCCUCCCAACCUGUCCCCGCUUUCGUGGUCACCGAGACUCCGAUAGAAUUGCUCUCGGACAAGCCGUCAAAAUCCCGAACCUCCUCGUCUGCCGGUCAACGCGCGCUCGCGAUCCAGUCUCCGGCUACGGUCCGCAAGCGCAAGAAUCGCAACUCGGCCAAUUCCUCAGACAAGACCCCGGCCAAGCCGUUGCAAAUUGUCCAGGAAGAUGGACAAGGCGGUGCCAUUGCGUCUGCAGACUUUGUCACCCCUCCACGCGGGGCUCGUCGCAAGGGCCCGCUGAGCAUGGUUGGAAGAGCCAACGCCGGUAUGCGGAGGAAGAACAAGGAUACCUGUGUGCAAUGCCGGUUGAACAAACGCAAGUGCGAUGGAAUCUCACCAUGCACUGCCUGUCGUCCUACUCUCCACGAGCAGCCCUGUGCGCGUGCGUGCUUUUCCAGCAUUGUUGAGUUUGGAACCUGCAAUUAUAUCUCUCAACGAGCUGUCAACCAUCCUACGAUCGAUGGAUCUACUAGAGUCCGCAUGGAGAUCCCAUCCGAAUUCGAUCUGAACCAACUCUUGUCUUUCCUGGGUGAGCGCCAAGGGCGGUUCAACAUCCGCGCCAGCCAGUCUUGGGGAUCCUUGUAUGUCCUCGACCUGGGCGAGACCUACAAAUUCCUGAAGGGCUUGAGCGAGUACAAUGGCAAUUCGAAGUCGACGUUCCUUGACUUCAUCGACCGUCGAAUCGUCGAGUCCAAGGACAAAUCGAAGAACUGGUUGUCUUGCGUCAAGGACUGCGACCCGAUGAACAACGCUUAUUCGCUACUGUCACAAUGGAACAACAUGCCCAGCCGUGCUCGAUACAGCUUCGUCUCGCUCGACUCCACAAGCGACGAGCGAUCCAUGGACAUCAACAACCCGGAACAUCAGCGCGACAUUCUGCUAGCUGCGCAACUCUCCCGCAUCGUGUGCCGCAUGCUCGAAGUCGAAGGAUUCCGCAAACUAGAGCGCGAUUUCUACAACAUCAAGUGGAAGCAGAUCUCCCACGAAACUCACAUCCGCUUCCUGGGGGAAUUGGGCCAGAUCCUGCUCACCCUCCGCUGGCGUGUCUCGUGGUGGAAAACUCUCGGUGACGGUGGCCACAACCCCGAUCCCAGCCAGCAGCACUACGUCGACCGCGUCGAUCUGCUCUGCCGCAUUCUCUAUGUUUAUUAUACGUGCGUCCUGGCAAAGCUUCCCGCGUGGUCGGUUAACGAUGUCCCCAAGGGCGUCUGGUCCUCGUACGCUGACUCGGUGAACGCCGUGUGGGAUGAUUUCCCCUCUGACCCGACCGAUGCCGGAUUCCAGGUCUGGAUGGAUCGAGGCCGCGACUUGAUCGAACAAGCUGGCGUCCCAUCACUGGUUUCCAAGUUCCAAAGGUGA